AUGUCUGCCGAAAACGACAACAAGCCGCUCGAGGAGGUGAAGCCUGAAGCCAAGGCCGAGGAGACGCAAGAGGCUCCCGCUCCCGCUGCUGCCGAGGAGGCUAAGCCCGUUACUUCCUCAUCUGUUUUCUCCAUGUUUGGUGGUGGCGCGAAGAAGGAAAAGAAGGAUGAAGAUGAAGACCGCGGCGAUACGUCUGGCAGCAACAAGGCCCAGCGCGAGGCUGCUGCUGCAGCCGCCGCUGCUGCUGCGAAGGACAAGGAGGGUGAUGAGGAGGAGCAAGUGCCCGAGUCCGAUGAUGUCCACUUCGAGCCCGUGAUCCACCUGACCGAAAAGGUCGAGACCAAGACCAACGAGGAGAUGGAGGAGCAGGUCUUCAAGAUGCGCGCCAAGCUCUUCAAGUACGUUGCCGAGACGCGCGAGUGGAAGGAGCGUGGUACUGGCGAUGUGCGCCUCCUCAAGCACCGCGAGACCGGCAAGACCAGGUUGGUCAUGCGUCGCGACAAGACUCUGAAGGUCUGCGCCAACCACUACGUUGUCCCGGAGUUGAAGCUCUCCCCCAACGUUGGGUCAGACAGAAGCUGGGUUUGGAAUGCAACUGCCGACGUGAGCGAGGGCGAGCCCGAAGCCAUCACACUAGCUAUCCGCUUCGCCAACUCGGACAACGCCAACCAGUUCAAGGAUGCCUUCCUCAAGGCUCAGAAGGAGAAUGAGCCUCUGUUUGCUAAGACCAUUCGUAAAAUCAAGGUUGUCACCGAGCAGCAUAACAUUCCCAAGCCUGCUGUCAAUGAGGGCUUUCCCAUGAAAGAAUGGACGGUCGAAAUCUACAUUCUCGACCAGGACGGGAAGGAGAAGCCGGCGAGAUGCUUCACCAAGGCCGUCUAUCAUCUUCACCCCUCGUUUGAGAACCCCGUUCAGACUUUUCAUGAACCCCCCUUUGCGUGCACCAACGAGGGAUGGGGUGAGUUUGAGAUGCAGAUUGAUCUUUUCACGACUGAGAAGGGCGGAAAACAAACCAUCACCCACGACCUCAACUUUUCGGCGCCGCAGUACGAGAACAUCCACACCAUUGUCUUCAGGAACCCCUCCCAGGCGCUGCAAAAUAUACUGCGCGAGACGGGCCCUUUGCCCUCGGACGAGGAGCGCAAGCAAAAGAAAGCCGAUGGCGGCAAGAAGAAGAAGUCGUUUGACGUUGAGAAGAUGGCCGACGGCCUGGUCAAGCUCAGCGAGGACGACCUCCUGCAGGUUAUCCAGAUGAUCCACGACCACAAGGAUGAUAGCACUUAUAUUCAAAACAACGUCGAUGCGGGUGAGUUCUCGGUCGAUCUGUAUACGCUUCCGGAUCCGCUCGUGAAGAUGCUCUGGGACUUCCUGGUAAGUUGA